CGACACAAACCAUCCCAAACAACACUUUCUCAGCAAUGUCUACAUUAAACUCGUUGUUUUCGUUCACAUCGCCCGCCGUUAAAAAACUAUUGGUCUGGAAACAGGGCGACGAAGAGGAGAAAUGGGCGGAGAAAGCGGUGGACUCUCUCGUGAAGAAGUUGAAGAAGAAGAAGGAAGCGGUGGAAGAGCUGGAACGGGCGCUAAGCCAACCCGGACAGCAGUCCAAGUGCGUGACAAUACCGCGUUCGCUGGACGGCCGGCUACAGGUGUCCCAUCGCAAGGGUUUGCCGCACGUUAUCUACUGUCGUAAGGAGGUGUGCAUUAAUCCGUACCAUUACAAGCGUGUGGAGAGUCCCGUUUUGCCGCCAGUGCUGGUGCCCCGCCAUUCGGAGUACCCCUCGUCCAUGAAUAUACCGCAGGCGCCGACGUUUCAUCCGUAUGUGUCCAAACAGGUAUCGGAGCCAACCAUGCCGCACUACGUGUCCUAUUCGAGCAGUGGGUUCACCACAUCGACAAACAGUUCGCAAAACUCAUUGAAUAUGUCGGUCCUACCGCCCGAAGCUUCUAGUAUAAGCUCCCGGCGGCCCGCAGUGACCACACCACCGCCGGCCUAUUCGCCACGCGAUGACAACUCGAUGGCCGCCGUGAACGACAACUCAAUGGACACGACUGAUAUGCCGCCGGAUGUGCAACAGAUCGCAUACCAAGAGCCACAGUUCCGGUGCUCCAUAGCGGUCGGCGAGGUUUUCCACGCGCAGACCAACUCCAUUGUGAUCGACGGCUUCACCGAUCCGUCCAAUAAUAACAAUCGUUUCUGUUUGGGACUCUUGUCGAACGUGAACCGCAAUUCAACCAUUGAGAACACCCGACGACAUAUCGGCAAAGGUGUGCACCUGUACUACGUGGGCGGUGAAGUGUUUGCCGAGUGUCUAUCAGACUCUGCUAUCUUCGUCCAGAACCACAACUGUAACCACAGCCACGGCUUUCACCCGACGACCGUAUGUAAGAUACCGUCCGGCUGUACGCUCAAGAUAUUCAAUAAAACUCUGUAUGUGAUUGUGUCCCAGUGUCUA